UUCAAGAAUAACCAUCAUCCGGAAACGCAUCAAAGACAACUUCGCCCAAGAUGUCUUCUUCACCACUAACUUUGCACAUCCGCGCGGAAACCAAGCCCCUCGAACAUCGCACCGCUGUUCCGCCCAAGGUUGCGAGGAAACUUGUCGAGGCGGGUUACGUGGUCAACGUCGAGCGGAGUCCAUUGAGCAUCUUCCCGGACAACGAGUACGAAGGAACAGGAGCUACGCUUGUGCCGACUGGUUCUUGGACGGAAGCACCCAAGGACCAUAUCGUUGUGGGAUUGAAGGAGUUGCCGGAGGAGGAUUUCGCGUUGGUGCAUACGCAUGUUCAGUUCGCACAUUGCUAUAAGAAUCAGGGCGGAUGGGAGAAAGUCUUGAGUCGAUUCCCGAGAGGUGGAGGGACGCUGCUUGACUUGGAGUUCCUCGAAGAUGAGCAAGGACGACGAGUUGCGGCUUUCGGCUACCACGCCGGAUUCGCAGGAGCAGCUCUCUCCCUCAUCACAUGGGCCUGGCAACUCGAGCACGGCACCUCCAAGCCCGUGCCUGGAGUCACCGCCUACGAGAACGAAACACUCCUCGUCAACGACGUGAAGAAAGCCGUCGAGAAGGGCAAGUCGAUCGCCGGCCACCUUCCGCGAGUUCUGGUCAUCGGCGCUCUCGGACGUUGUGGCCGUGGAGCCGUCGACCUCUGCGUCAAAGCUGGUCUGCAAGACAUCCUCAAAUGGGACCUGCAAGAGACCAAAGCCAAACCAGGCCCCUACCAAGAAAUCAUCGAGUCCGACGUCUUUGUAAACUGCAUCUACCUCUCCGCCAAAAUCCCUCCAUUCAUCGACGCACCUUCCCUCGCCUCCCCGACCCGCAAACUCAGCGUCGUCUGUGACGUCUCCUGCGACACCACGAAUCCACACAAUCCGAUUCCGAUUUACUCCAUCAAUACGACGUUUGACAAGCCCACCGUGCCUGUGGAACUGUCCUCAGAGGCGAACGAUGUGCCGUUGAGUGUGAUUAGCAUCGACCACUUGCCGAGUUUGUUGCCGAGAGAGGCGAGCGAGGCAUUCAGCGAGGCAUUGUUGCCGAGUUUGUUGGAGUUGAAGGAGAGGAAGACGGCGCGGGUGUGGAGGCAGGCGGAGAAGUUGUUCGAGGACAAGGUGGCUAGUCUGCCGAAGGGUUCGUACUAGAGUCAUGGCCUUGAUGAGAAUUCGGGAGCCGGUGUGAGGGUAGUGUAACCAGGUAGCAACCAACACGUGUAAGCAGUCUGUAGACGAAUGUCUAUAUUGCCUACCGAGUGAAACGAAGGGACGCAAAAGGGAGCAAACAGGCCCGAUUCAGGCCCGGAGCAGCAACACCGGUCGUUCCCUG